AUGGAAUUUCUGUCUCCAAUCGAUGAUCUUCACUCUUUAUGUACGCUUUGUGAAGCAUCGUUUAGGCUUUAACCAGUUCUUCAGGUUGAGCACAAUGUCUGGUCAGAAAAUUUCCGUUCCUUCUGAAAACAGCAAGGGUCCGAUUCCAGCUGUACAAUUCAACGAUCCUAAAAACCAACCCAUGGGUGUGAUCGUAUUACAGGAAUGGUGGGGACUAAACCAACAAAUACAGGAUACUGCGCAGGAGCUGGCAAACCGAGGUAAUUUUACUACGAUUGUUCCAGACCUAUACCGUGGGGAAGUCGCUACGGACAAUGAACAUGCCGGACAUUUGAUGUCUAGUCUAGAUUGGCAAGGAGCCGUUCAAGAUAUCCGAGGGUGUGCCCAGCAUCUAAAAAAACAGGGUUGUGCUAAAGUGGGUGUCAUAGGCUUUUGUAUGGGCGGAGCUCUGUCUCUCGCAUCAGCAGCCCUGGUAACGGAGGUCAGCGCUUCGGCACCAUUUUAUGGCAUUCCAAAUAAAGAACUUGCGGAUCCAUCCAGCAUUAAAAUACCUGUCCAGUGCCAUUUUGGUGAACAAGAUGUCUUGGAAGGAUUUUCUGCCCCGGCCGAUCAAGACAAGUUAAAAGAGUCUCUAAAAGCAGGAGGAGUCCAGUUCGAAUUUUUUUCCUACCCUGCGGGUCACGCCUUUGUUAAUUCCAAGGGAGAUAACUAUAAGAAGGAGGUUGCUGAGCUAGCUCUUGGCAGAGCUGUUGACUUUUUCAAGAAAAACUUGGCAUAAAUAUGUGGAUUUAAUUAUAGUAUAUAUAAAUAUAUAUACUUUAUUUACUUUAAUAAAUAUAUACAUAUGCAAGUAUAUGUUUUAUUUCAUUUUCUGUGACGUAUUUUCCCGGAAUUGCAAGUCUAAGACAUUAGCAAAGGAAAGAAGAAUUUUAGCUUGGGAAGUUUUGUUGUACUUUUGCAUCAAAGCAGAAAAAUAGUUGUGUUACAUAAAAAGCCUGUGAUUCAAAUGAUAAUUAUUAUCCUAGCCCUGGAUUACACGAAUCUAUUAAAAUUAUCAAAUCUUUAA